AUUGCGAAGAUAUUGCGAUAUAUCUAUUCGUUCGCAAUUUUAUCUUGCCGUUUUACCAUCGAAGUAGUAUCCCAAAUGUCUUGUCACUUAAACUCGUCAACGUUCAGAGAGUAAGCUAAUCAAAGACUAUGUCGCAGUUCGUAUUAAAAUAACAGAACUAGAACUUGGAUACGAGGUAAACGUAAAGGUUGUAUACGAAUCACGAUUUGCUGUGUUACUUCUUGUUAAUAAAUACAUCGGUCUAAUCGAAAUUGUCUAUAAAAUUGGUAAUGAAUUUUCUGCAGUGCAUAUACGCGCUUCAACGCGCGAUCGGUGCCGCGCCAUCGUCUACUUGGACGUCUUCGACGCAAAAGUCUUUGUACAAUGUUUAUACAAUGUUUUUGUUUUUUCUGGUACACAGCCACCUGAUAUCACAGGUAAUGGACAUUGUAUAUGUCGUCGAAAACCAAGACGAUUUUUGCGAGAAUUUCUACCUGACGAUGGGAGUCUUCGCUUCAUGUUGUAAAUUGUGCUAUAUGUUAAGCAGUCGUGACAACUAUGACGUUCUUAUCAAAACCAUGCAGUCGGAACCUCUAGGGCCGGCCAACGACGAUGAGGUCAAGAUUCAAUCGAAAUACGAAAAGUGGGCAAAAAGGAACUUGAUGAUCUACGUUACAUUGAUCGAAGGCUGUUAUGUAUUGAUACUUAUAAAUUCGCUCGCCAGAGAAUUCAUGCAAAGAAAAUUAGUCAUUCGAAUCUUCAUACCCUACAACUUUUAUCCUACGACUUCGUUACCUAAAUUUACUGUUGUUUACAUAUAUCAAUUUCUAGUUAUGACAUUUUGUUUGCUUAUGAAUAUUACCUGUGACAAUCUGUUCGGCGGUUUGUUGAUCCACAAUUACAGCGCUUUCGACAUACUUGCAUAUCGCAUGAGUAAUGUUAUAAAGUAUGGUAACCAUUCGGCUAAACAGUGCGCUCGUCUCCAUGAUCAUAUAUACAAAUUCGCUACGAUGAUAAAUGAAGAAUUCAAAAUUAUAACGCUUCUUCAAUACCUGUUGAGCACAAUACUGUGUUGCUUGAAUCUUUACCGUAUCACGAAUAACGAGGAUCCAUCGAAAGUAUAUGAAAUUAUGCUUUUCUCAUUUAAUACAUACCUGCACAUACUAUUUUUCUGCUGGUACGGGAACGAAGUGCGAGAAAAGAGUCUCCAAAUGGCUGAAGUUGUCGGCGAGACUGACUGGACAUCCUUGGACAAUGACUCUAAGAUGAUCUUCUUAAUGAUUAUGAAACGCGCAACGACGCCCAUCGAAUUUUCCACUGCAAACCUCGUGUCCAUAAACCUCGAGUCUUUCAAGACCAUAGUAAAAUCGUCUUACUCAGCGUUCAACGUGCUCCGCCGUUAGCGAAAAUCUCGGUGAAUAAAGAACUGGAACGAACAUGAGUCUCGAGUAACGCCUGAACAAUGUGUUUGCAUUACUCGGUAUGAACGGCAACGCAAUUUAUAACCAAUCGUUGCCUCCGUCACAGUGUUUGUCAUUGUCUGUCACCUCAUUCACGAAAUAAAUUUUCUGACAACGAUUGCGAGCUAGUACUAAAGCAUAAACGAAACACCGAAGAGAGUUGCUGUCUUUUGAGUUCUAUUUUUCCCCAUUAAUAUUGAAAACAAUUGCAGUAUUACAUUGUCUUUCCGUUUGUGAUUUAAAAUU